GUACGUAGAGCUGGACUCGUUCUGUUGUUUCUUCGCUCGUCCGGUAUGCAUGCGGCUUUCAUGUGUUCACUCGAUAGGGACGUUACGACUUACGCCUGUUCAAAGCUGAUCGCUAAGCGAUGCUCUUCGAGUAGACCAAAAAGCAGUCGACUCUUGGCCAGUUUUUACGUGUUCAGUUAGUGCGAUACGCAAAAUAAUCACACAAAGAUUAAUUUUCAACGAAAUUUCGGGGUGAGAAAAAUGAAUUUCAGUGGUCUACCUAUUUGUAAUAUUAGAGUGCAAAAAAGGCCAAGUGAUGCGUGGUCUAUGGUAAAUAAUUCCGGAAUAAGUGACGAGGAACCCGAUUCUGAAAACGUCCAACUCUCACCAUGUCUUGAAAAAGAUUCUACCAAGAAUUGCUGUGAUAUUUGCGGAAAGAAAUUCUUAUUAAAGAGUAAUCUACAAUAUCACAUUAAGUUCAUUCACAAUAGUAUCUCUUAUCCAUGUGCGGUAUGUGGCAAGACGUUUUCACUAGAAUGCAAUCUUUUCAUCCACAUUAAUUAUAUGCAUAAGCCACAUAAAUGUAAAAAUUGCCCAGGGAGAUUCUCAACUGAAAAUGAUCUCAAAAAACAUUUUGAUUCUGUGCAUUUACAUGCAUGUUAUAAGUGUGGAAAGAAAUGCAAGACUAAAAAAAGUCACAAAAAACACAUAAAUCUAUGUUCAUCAAAAUAGUGAAAAUAAAUUUAAUAUUUUCAGAAAGAAAUAC